AUACUGGAGAACAUGAAGCAGUUCUCUGAAGCAGCCCAGCUGUAUGAGAAGGGGCAGUACUAUGACAAGGCUGCCUCAGUCUACAUACGCUGCAAGAACUGGUCUAAAGUAGGAGAGUUACUUCCUCAGGUCUCCUCUCCUAAGAUCCACCUGCAGUACGCCAAGGCCAAGGAGGUGGACGGCAAGUUUAAGGAGGCUGCCCAGGCCUAUGAGAGUGCCAGGGACUGGGACAACGUGAUCCGGGUGUUGCUGGAUCACCUCAACAACCCUGAAGACGCCGUCCGCAUUGUCAGGGAGACGCAGAGCAUCGACGGGGCCAAGAUGGUUGCCAGGUUCUUCCUGCGUCUAAGUGACUACGGCUCAGCCAUCCAGUUCCUGGUGUUGUCCCACUGUAACGACGAGGCCUUCCAGCUGGCACAGCAACACGGGCAGAUGGACAGCUACGCUGACAUCAUCAGCUCUGAGGCCACCCAGGAGGACUACCAGAGUAUGGCUCUCUACUUCCAGGGGGAGAACAAACACCUGCAGGCUGGGAGGUUCUUCCACAAGUGUGGCCAGUACAGCAAAGGCCUGAAGCACUUCCUGAAAUGUCCCAACACCGAUGACAACCUGGCCAUCGAGAUGGCUAUAGAGACGGUGGGCCAAGCCAAGGAUGAGUCUUUGACCAAUCAGCUGAUUGAUUACCUGAUGGGGGAAAGUGACGGCAUGCCCAAGGAUGCCAAGUACCUGUUCCGUCUCUACAUGGGCCUGCUGCAGUACAGAGAGGCAGCAUGUACUGCCAUCAUCAUCGCUAGAGAGGAGCAGUCUGCAGGGAACUACCGUACCGCCCAUGACGUGCUGUUCAGUAUGUACACUGAACUGCAGACACAGAAGAUCAGAAUCCCUGCUGAGAUGAACACCAACCUCAUGAUCCUCCACUCAUACAUACUGGUUAAGAUCCAUGUGAAGAGAGGGGAGCAUCUGAAAGCAGCUCGCAUGCUCAUCAGAGUUUCCAACAACAUCAGCAAAUUCCCCUCCCACAUCGUACCCAUCCUGACGUCAGCGGUGAUAGAGUGUCACCGGGCCGGUCUGAGGAACUCUUCGUUCAGCUUCGCCGCCAUGCUGAUGAGGCCAGAGUACCGUCACAAGAUCGACCCCAAGUACCGCAAGAAGAUAGAGGCUAUGGUCCGUCGUCCAGACACCAGUGAGAUAGAAGAGGAGACCACUCCUUGUCCAUAUUGUGGUUUCACACUGCCCCAGUGUGAACUGAUCUGUCCUGGCUGCAAGAACAACCUGCCCUACUGCAUCGCCACGGGUCAUCACAUGCUGAAAGAGGAUUGGUCAGUUUGUCCUCACUGUGAAUUCCCUGCUCUCUACUCCCAGCUCAUCCUGCUGUUGGAGACAGAUAGUGUGUGUCCCAUGUGUUCCGAGACUCUGAAUGUGAACCAGGUGGAGAAGAUGGAUGACUGUUCCAGCUUCCUGCAGCCUGACCAAUCAGAGCACUGAUAUAGAGAUCUGUGGUGAUGAGGACUGCUGCUGGGGGGAGGACGGAUCGUCAUAAUGUCUGGAACGGAACAAUGGAAGCCAUGUGUUUAAUUACCUUCACACUCAUUCCUCUCAGGACAUUACCACGAGCCCGUCCUCCCGGAUUAAGGAGCUACCAACCUCCUGUGAUAGGGGAACGGGAGCCAGGGACAUAAUCCACUCCUCCAUGUUUCUCUACCACCUGUUAAACUGUUGAU